AUGAACAAUGCAGCCAUUUUGUUGGAGAAAGGAAAAAUCAUAGCACAAGUUACCUCAGUAGACACAAGUUUCGACAUUAAUUUGGUCUCACAAAGUAAUGGCAGUACAGAUAGCGAAACAUGGAUAGACUCGUUUGAUCUACGUCACCUUACAGAGGAGCAGGCAGCUCAAGUCAGGAAUCUAAUAAGGAACUAUAAACACCUAUUUUCACAGUCACAGCUAGACCUUGGUAGAGCUAGUGGAGUCAAACAUCACAUUGAUACUUGGUCAGCAGCGCCAGUCAAAUCAAGAAGCUACCGUUAUUCCCCGUCAGAGAAAGAAAUUAUAGAGAGAGAAAGUAGACAAAAUGGAGGAAGCAGGUACAGUCAAAGGCGCAACCCGCUUCCAGUUCUUGAAGAUGUACUUCAGUCUCUACAAGGAGCGAAGUAUUUCUCGACCCUAGAUUUAAGGAGUGGAUUUUAUCAAGUUCCCCUGAGUGCUGAAGAAAGAGAGAAGACAGCCUUUACAACCGGCCAGAGAUUAAUGCAUUUUAAUGUUUUACCCAUGGGAUUGUGUAACAAUCCUGCGUGGAUAAGACAGAAUCUUCAGCCAUCAUCGGUGACUCUUCAAGAACCGCUGACUAGUUUUUUGGACAUUUAUCUGAAGUCUUCACCGAAGAAAAGAAGAAGAAAAGAAAAGAAAAGCAUCAAAAAGCAAGUCAUGCAGCGAGUCAUAUUAUUGCUGAUGCACAUUUGCAUCGUUCACGCAUGUGAAAAGUACAGCUUUGUCAAAGAACAAGAUGUAGAAUUCAAAGACCACGUGAUAUCAACCAUGACCACGCCAUAUGUCGAGUUGUGCUGGGAUAAAUGCGUAUGGAUCAUGAAUUGCUUCUCCAUCAAUGUUCGUGUCAACAGUUUUGGGAUGUUUGAAUGUGAUCUGAACAACUCCAGCAAGAAAGCGAGUCCAGGGAGCCUGGUACCAACACAGGGAUCCCAGUACCACCAGAUGGGAAACACGAAAGAAUGUGACAGAAAUGGAUGUACACUCAUCAAAGAAGAUUUGGGUGGAGGAUGGUAUCGCAUUAAUGAUGCUGCUGUGAAGAUAAUCCAUGAAAACAAAACCUGGAUCGAUGCACGAGCCCACUGUCAGUCCCAAGGAGCUGAUCUAGCUUCUAUAAAAACAAAUUAUGAAAAUCUCUUUAUUAUUGAUAUGUUUUUGAAAAGUAUGACGUCAGAAGGCAAUAACAUAGCACUACCAGGGAAUGAUUUACCAGGGUUGUUGAAAUACUGGGUACUUGAUGGAACCGAUGGAGACGUCGUGCUGAAGGGAGCCCCAUCUCCAAGGUACGAAGUGGUCGAUGGAGAAAAAGCACUUUACUUUCCUGGGUUCAAAGGCUACGCAGAAGUUCCGGCAGUCGUGAUGAGUCCCGAGGGAUACACGUUCAUGUUGUGGUUCAAACCUGCCAACCAGAGUAUUGUACAAUUGGAAGAGGUAUACAGUGAUUGGAGUGACGGUCAAGAGAGGUUUUACUUGACUUUGUCUAGAGUCGGAAGUGAAGCUGUAUGUUUAAGGGUAAAGAAAGAGGAGGGAGAUACAGUGGAUGCUGCUUGGGCAAAGCAACAAUCGUAUAUUUGUUUGCUUCUCGAAAAAGCAGAUUCCUUUGACAAAUCGACAAUUUAUCAAAGACUUACUCUCGAAAGUUUUAAUGUUUCUAUAGGUUUGUGGAUUGGUCUCAAUGCCAUGAAUGAUACCAGCACCUUCAAGUGGAGUGAUGGGACCAACACCAAAACCAUGGUACCACCAGUUCAGUUUGAAGAUAGUCCUAUCUCUUAUUGGCCAAGGUGUGCCGCAGUAGCAAGGGACGGCAAGUGGAUGAUCAAAAUCUGUAAAGAUUUGAGUUCUUAUGUUUGUAGGAAACCAUUCCCCUAA